AUGUUGACAAAAAAGAACAUACUUAUCUCGUUCUUUAUGGCUUUUUUCAUUUUGAUGUUAAAAAUUAUAUUCAGAUUGAACAUUGACAACUUGACAGAAAAAGAAAAAUGUCCAGCUUGUUUUGGAAUGUCAAUGUGUCAUGAAAUUCACAACAUUGAUUUUGAUUUUAUAGAUUUUUAUACGAUUUUCAACAAUUUGUUCAGCAUUAAAAAUGUCUAUUACGGUAGUUUUAAAAACAAGCGAGUUGUUAUGAAAAAGUUGGCAAAAAAUUCAGAAUUGGCUGAUUUUGAUGAAAUAUUUGCCAACACAAUUAACAAAGAUGUUGAUUUCAAUGCCUUGGUAACAUCACAACUGAUCAAUUCUAACAUUACAGAUCCUAAUGUCAAAUUAGUUCUAUGUCCAAGCAUUCAAGAAACACACAGUUUAAUACAAAAUAUCAAAAAUCUGGAUGACGAUAGUGAUCAUCUGAAAUACUUAUGGACAAUAUUGAAAAUUAAUCCAGAACCUAUUAUACUUGAAAUUUUAAAUGCAAAUGAUAACUGGCCAACUCCAAAAUAUUUAGGGGCAUGUGGACGUCUUAUUGUUGAAGAGUUUAUUGGUCCACCAUUAUCAGCAUUUAAAACAGAAUCUUGGAUGAGAAGAGCUAAAAUAGCAUCUAGUUUACUUCAUGUAGCUCAUUUACUUACCUUUAAAAAUAAAAAAUUUGCCUUUUAUCCAACAGACAUUUCUAUGGAUAACAUUGCAGUAAAUGAAGAUGAUAAAGCAAUAAUCAUAGAUUUGGAAAAUAUUAUAAUAGUUGAUAAACACCCUCCCGUAGAAGUUGUAUCAAGAUUAAAUUCAUGGGAUGAAAUUUACACCAAUGAUAUUGACAUUAAUUGUCAAAACUGUUUUGUAUUUUCUCCAUCAGACAUAUGUCAACAUAAAAUUAGUGAUCACAAUUAUUAUGCAAUUUGUCAGCAUAUUCUGGUACAAGAUUUAGGCACAAAUAGUUAUGGACUUUUGCAUGAUCCACCUAAAUACAUUAUUAAGAAGUAUCCAAUGCUGAAAUAUUUGCUAAAACAGUGUUCUAAAGAAUCAUCUUCAAGAAUUGAUAGCGGCAUACAACUCAAACGACUUUUAGAUAUAAUUAUAAAAGAUCAUGCAUAG